ACAUGGAUUCACCAACGACGCCCCCAAUACAGAAACAGCGACCAGCCGCUUAGAGACACGAAUACUAUUACUUUGAAAAAGGGUUGUACAGCGUCAACGAUGCAUAUUUCGAUGAUAUUAUUGAUUCUUGGGGUGUGGGCCAGUGAUGCGUACCAACCAAAGCUCCCUCCACAAAAAAAAGCGACGACCAGCUGUGUCUGUUCUGAACUCGACAACACGCGUCGAUCCACAAUUUUAGCCUUUCCUACAUUCGCGAUGAUGGCGGGAACAUUUGCAGCUCCAUCCCCAGCUGUAGCUCUUGAUGUGGAUAGUUUUAUGGCGAAGGAGCUUACUACCACAAAGGUAACACCAAAAAUGUCGGAUGACGAGGCGCUGUGCAAAUUUGGCGCUCCAUCCACCCAAACGGGAAACGCAUGUCUGCGAGCAGGCCUUUCAACGAAACGACCCACGGGGGUCGACGCCUUUGGAAAAGUGGACCGUAAGUUUCACGAAACGCCAAAGUAAAAUGAAAUAGUGACUAGACGAGAAUCAUUUGAGAAUGCUUUCUAAUUUUUUGUUYCUGUGAUGCAUUUGAUGCUUGUUGAAACCUAUCGCUAGGUGGCGAAUUUGUCCGAUGCAAACCGAAAUAUGUGGACGAUCCAGAUAGGAAGGGAAUGCUGAUUAAUGUUUGGGAUUGCCAAUAAUCGGACCUCUUGAAAUCAAUAACUUCGACCAAUUCUUACUAACGACUGGUUUCCUUACGAAAUAAAGCAUGCGAUGGAUGGCUUUGUCUCUGAUGAAAAAAAUCGUCGACGGUUUAUCAGAAAGGAUUGCUUCCUCAUUUCUCUGUGCAUGACAAAUGCCUUCUUUAACCGCACUCUUUGCCUUGGCCAUUGAUAUUCGUGUCGAAUGUUCCACCAGUUCAACAAUCAAUAUCUUUGUUUUGGGAACCAAGGGAGCGAAUCAGCCCUGCGUAGAUCUCAAUUCCCUCUAAGAAAUUUUCUUCAAGUAUGUAUUCAUCGUGUUCGUGCAGCAUGAUUUCUGUAUUCCGCAUCGGGGAAAAGCCGAGGGCWCGGAUUCCCAAAGCUCUCAGAAAACGUGAAUCAGUGGCCGCCGGAAAGACCUGCGGCGAGACCUCGCAUCCCAUUUCAUGGAGCGCAUCACAGAAAGCUGCAUACCAUGGGUUCAAGCGGGGAUCGGUGUCGGUCGUUGCAUGAGACAUUCCAUUUUCGUAGUCGUCACUCACAGAACUCCAAGUGACCUCGCUACCUUCCUCGGGUGCCCUGCUACACUCCUGACACCAAACGUCCAACAUAUCUUUUAUUUGUUUGGGUUCCAUUUUGGGAGAAAUCCGUAUAUCUAAUGAGCACGAGGCCGAUGAUGGUACUACAUUGUAGGCGUAUGUGUUGCCCACAGCCACACCUGCUUGUAGCGUGGUUAUAUUCAAACUAGUGAC